AAAAGAAAGGUACAGAACCACAGGAUGUGCUUCUUUUCUGUCACCUAUUUCACAGCAAAUGGCCAAAAAUGAGGAUUUGGUCAGGCAAGCCGAAGAGCGUCGUAAAGAGGCUGAGAAAAUGAAGAAAGAAGCAGAGGAGAAGGAGAACGAAGCCCUGAGGAAGAAACAGGAGAGAGAGAAACAGACACAUCUGGAGGAGGUCCACAGGGCACCGUCACCACCCCUACCAGCCCUGCAGAAGAAACUACGUCAGCAGACGCCCAGACCUCCAUCGGUGGAGAGCCACCGCUGUUCUGCAACUCUGUCUAUGCGAUCAAUGUCAGCACCACAUUCUCCCCCAGUGCCUGCACGCAGGAACGAGAUCAGGGCCACAGAAGAAAAGCAUACGGUGAUCAGGGAGUUAUCGGCCUUGCGUAGGCAGCUGCGGAGCGAACAGAGACGUCUGGAGGGAGAACUGAUGCAGUCUAACAGAAAUGAUCAAACCCCUCCUGUUCACAGCAGGCCAAGAGAGCACCUCCCGGAGGAUGUUUUUGAAGUGGCGAGGCUACGCAAACAAGUCCACAUCAGGAGGCCGGCUUCCCACACCACUGCAGCAGUCAACAUGCAGAACCUGCAGGAGUUUAACCGUCCGAAGUACAGAGAUGGUGCAUCUCGUGAGGAGGUGCGGCAGGCGUAUCUUGACUCUCCCAGUGAUAAUCACAGUCUAGAUAUCCAGCAACAGGCUCUGUUACGACAACAGCAACGAACCAUCAACAGUCUGAGGAGGGGCAGAGCUGCUGGUUACUUUGACAUGGUGUCUUCAGGGCAGCGGCAUCAUGAGCAAAGGCUGAAUUCUGCAGAGGGUCCAGGCAGACACUUGCUGUUAGACUCAGAGAGCGCCUUUAUUAACCCCAGUGACGAUUCAUUCCUUCUACGAUCCCGGCGUGACCAAAGAGCGAGACCGGCAGUCAGGAAGGCAGACAUGUCUGAAGAUGUGGUAAACAGGUACGCUCGACCUGACCGCAGUCCUGACAGCCAGUCUCUGCACUCGAUUACCAGCACAGAAAUAGAGCGGCUGAGAGAGCGCACAAAGAACAAGAUGACAUCGCUGAACAACAUGAGAGAACAUGAUUGGAGAUCAGGGCAAGUGUCAGCAGAGGAAGGGGAGGAGCUAUGGCCACAGACUCCUCCUUCAACCGAUCGGCGCGUUUCCAUUGACACCAUUGCGACAGAAACCUGGUUACGUCCUAGUUCCUCUGAAACGCUGAAGAGAUUCAUGAGCGGUCGCAGGCCAUCCAGCCAAAACCACGUAGGCCAGGAUUGGGAAGGGCCAUCCACUUACCAUGGUUAAAUCUCAUUCAAGACGCAUGAAUUAUGAAUUCUUAUGCCAGUUACACUAUUUAGCUAUUUUGUAAGGAACAAGUUGUAUACUUGAGGCCAAAGAUGAACAUUAACAAUUCAUUAGUCCAGUUUCUUUUGUUUCUGUCAGACUUUUGAUUGUUGUGAAUGAAAUACUGCACUUAGAAAGUUCUGGAACACUUCUUGUAGCAUUAAGAGACUGUUCCCUCCAGUCAGAGAGUGCAGUCUGGGAAAAUCACUUUGAUGCUUCAUACUGUGACUUUGUAUGAAUGUGUAAACUGCAUGAAUUCUCAGGUGAGAGAUAUAGACUUCCAAUGUUGUAAUAUGUGAUUCGUUUUUCAUUUUUAAUGAUUGUUUUACAACACAUGAAUUGUAAGUAGGAAUAUAAGCUUAUGCAAGCAUAAGCUUACAGUCGGAAAAAAUAAGCCAAUGUAAUGUGUAUUGACUCUUUAAUAAAUAUUUAAGAAUUUUUGAA